GCUGGGUAUUUAAAAGUCUGCCGAGGAGAAGGGAUCGUAGGACAAACUUCCCGGAGUUGGUGGAAAGGGAAAGCCUAGGAGAAUUCAUUGGCCACUCGGGAAUCGACCGAUCACUAUGAAAUUCUUCGCUCUACUCUUCGCCGUGGGGCUGCUGAGUGCCUCCUGGGCCAAUCCCUUCGUUCAAGAGGAGCCAAAAUCCAAAUGGGAGGAAACGGUGGACGCCUUCUGGGGUUACGUCACCAAGGCUGCGAACGUGGCGGAUGAUGUGACCGCUCAGAUCAGGACCUCGCAGCUCAGCAGGGAACUGGACGGCCUUAUCACCGACACCAUGGCUGAGGUGGAGGUCUACACGGAUGACCUGCGUUCCAAGUUUGGCCCCUAUACCCAAGAACUACAGGACCGCCUGACGACCGAAGUGGCCACCCUCACCGGAAAGUUGAGGAACGACAUGGAGGAGACCAAGGGCAAGCUGGUCCAAUAUUGCCGAGACGCCCGCUUGAUGAUCGACCACAACGUGGACUCGGUGAAGUCCCAGUUCAACCUCUUGAUGCGCAAGCUGAAGAAACGUCUCACCAAGGACGCCGAGGAGCUGCGCCAGAAGCUGGGGUCCUACGCCCAGGAGCUGCGAAACAACACCGACGAAAAAGUCAGCUCCGUCCGUCAGAACCUGGAGCCCUACCUCUCCAGCAUCCGCGAAAAGGGUCAGCAGAGGAUCCAGGCCCUGCAGCAAGCCAUCGGGGAGCAAGGCCAAAUGGUCCACCAGCAGCUCAGCAGCCGCGUCCAGGAGCUCCAGAACCAGUUCCAGGAGAAACUUCAGGAGGUGAAAAGCGCCUUUGACCAGGCCGUUGACAAACUCCGCCAGUUGGUCAACCCCAUUUUGGAGGACAUGGGCAUCCAAACUGAGACCAGAGUGGAGGAGAUCAACCAGGAGCAGUGAGAUGACCUGCACCAUCAGCAACCCUCCUGCUUCGUCUUCUUGGGAAACAAGCUUGAGGGCCUCUUGGCUGAGAUGGGCCUUGACAGGCCAGCCAUGUAUUAACCUAACCUUCCUUCCCAACUGGCUGUGUCAGCCCUCCAGAUGUGUGGCAUGACGCCCUCCGGCAUUGGGCGUGCAAGCUGACACAUCUGGAGCGCGCCAGAUUUGGGGUGGGUGGGUGGAAGACUGCACUAACUUCAUGCUGCUUUGCACAAGCCCAUCGUCCCCUUAAACAAGAGUUUGCCAUUCGGUCCCUCUUAACCAUCUCUCCCCCUUUCCGGUCUCGUAUUAACCCAAGUUCUGUGUUACACUUGUGAAUUCUUCCUAGAAAGAUCCUGGAACGAUUCCUGAUGCCUGUUUCCCUUUCCCCAUUGUAACAUCUUGCAUUCCAGCAGCAGCACCAUUCCUCAGCUUCACUGGUGUUUUGAUGUGUAACAAUAAAAUAUACUUUGGAUAUGAA